AUGGCCACGAUGGGGGGAGACCGAAGGCAGAUGAUGGUGGAUGCGGCGGAGGACAAGUUUCCCGAGGGGUUACGCGUCCUCGUCGUUGACGACGACCGCGUCUGCCUCAAGGUACUAGAAGCCCUCUUGCGCCGCUGGAAAUACCAACCAACAACGGUGAUGGAUGCAAAGACGGCGCUGAGGAUGCUCAUGGCCGGGAAGCAGCAGUUCGACCUGGUCAUCACCGACGUGUGCAUGCCGGACAUGGACGGCUUCAAGCUCCUCGAGCUCAUCCGCCUCGAGAUGGAUCUGCCCGUCAUCAUGCUAUCCCUCGAUUGCGACAAGAAGGUUGUGAUGAAGGGGAUAGAUCAUGGCGCGUCCGACUUUAUGGUGAAGCCAGUGUGUGCCCAUGAGCUCAAAAACAUAUGGCAACAUGUUCAAAGGUGGAGAAAUCCAAAAGCAAUAGGCCACAUCAGCGAUCAUGACAGUGAUGUCCAGAGAGUACAACCAGCGACUGCUGACAAGAGUAAGUACUCGGGGAAUAAGAGAAAUGUUGGAGAUGAUUCUAACGAGAACAAUGAGAGCACACAUAUAUCCUCCACCCACAGAAAGCCCAGGGUGACAUGGACAAUUGAGUUGCAUAACAAGUUUCUAGAAGCUAUCAACCAGAUCGGCCUUGAUAGGGCUGUUCCAAAAAAGGUAUUGGAGCUGAUGAAUGUGGAUUGCCUCAGCAGAGAGAAUAUCGCGAGUCAUCUACAGAAGUAUAGAUUGUACUUAAAAAGAGUCAACUCAAAUCCCUCUAGUGAUGCAUAUGAAAGAAGGAACUCAUCGUACAACAUGAACAACAAGGGCAAUUUAAUGCAUAAUCAUGAACAUGGAAGGUGGAGUGUGUCAUCUGGCGACACUUCGUCUUGGAGUACAAACAAUUAUGGUGCAACGGGUCAUGUGGCUUCGCCGAUGAACAUCCAAAGCAACUUCUACAUGGGGUCAUACCUCCAUGAUGGUAGAAUGUCGAGGUAUGUUGGGAAACAACCAUCGGAUGCGAGAAGAUUCACAGGUUUUGGUGACCCUCCCGUGAGCCUAUACAACAACAUACCCAAUGAGAUAAUGUUAGAUGAAUUUCCUUCAUGCAAUUAUAGUAAUUCCUAUGCUGACCUCAUGCGUGGCAAGCUAAUGGAGAUAAGCAAAGGCAAAACCCCUUCCAAUCUUCAAAGUUCCUUUGCAAACAGAAUAGUUGGUGGCGGGAGGUCGUCUCUCGUCCCACCACAGGAGAGCUAUGCAAUGUCAACUGGCCGGCUGCCUCUGCAAAAUGAAAUGACACCAUUCAUAAGCAAUACCACAUCAAUGGGAGGCAUCAUUGAGCAGAUGGCACCAUUCAACAUGGCAAGCAACACAAGCUCAGUAGGAACGAUGUUGAAUGGUAGCUCUACACUUGAUGCAAGUAGAACUUCAAUGAAAGAUACUCAUGUGGUAAAUAGUGAAAGAACUACUUCGAUGCUUCACAACCUUCAGCCAGACGAUUUCAUCCCAUUGACUCAGCUACUUGAUGGCGGGGAUGGAGCUAGCAUUGUCCCUAUGCAAGAAGGCACACUUGAGCAGCAACCUCUAAAUGAUCAACUGAAUGAAAUCAAUGCCUUAUCAAUGGAUGAUAUGUUUUCCAACAUGCACAUGGAAGAUUUCACUGGAGAUGAUGCUAUCGUGGAAGAAGCAUGAUAGUUCUGUAUGUUAACCCUCUCAACGCGUGACAUGCUUGAUCAAGAGUAUCAUGCUCGAGGGGCCUCUUUAAGGCAAUAGAGUGCUUUGACAAGUUUGCAAACAUAGUGAUAUGUGUAGCCACCUUCAUAUACCAGUGGUUCUUUGAGAUACACUUCCUCUUGCAUAACAUUGAGAAUUGACGUGGUCUGCACAACAAGCAUAAACACCACCCUUUGGAGACUAUUGUGCCUAAUUCUUAUGGUGGAAGCUUUUAUAGUAGGGUCAGCAUCCUGAUAAUCAAAACAUUAAUGUUUCUUGAAGCCUAU